AUGGACGCAUUAUAUGCAGCUUCAGUGCAUAGUUUCUUCAGUAAUGAAGAUUCAUCCCUCACCCAUCGCAUCAGUGGCAUAACCAGAAUGUGUAUUCUUAUAUUAUGUGUAAACUUGGUGGCAAUUACCCAUACUGCCUUGCCUACUCCUGAGCUUUACUGGAAGUCCACGCUUCCCACUACUCCAAUGCCCAGAUCUAUUACUGAUCUCCUACACCGACCUGUUCAUGCUGGCAAGUCAGGUGUGCCGGUGUUCAAUACUGCCCGUCGGUUUUCGAAGUGUUAUGGUAUUCCUGGUCAUUGUCUCUUUGAGACCAAACCCCAAGAUAACCCAAACACAGAUCUCUUCUUCCUGGAAAAGGAUUUGAAAUCGGGUCACAAUAUGAAAUUUCUCUUCACUACGCAGUCCUCCAACCAAGCUUCAUUCCUGCCUCGUGAUGUCGUGAAAUCCAUUCCCUUUUCUUCAAGCAAGAUGGCUGACAUACUGAACAAGUUUGCUGCGAAGCCUGGCUCAAUAAAAGCUGAGGUUAUGGAGAACACAAUUGAAGUGUGUGAGGAGUCGGGGAUUAAAGGAGAAGAGAAGUAUUGUGCAACAUCUUUAGAAUCCAUGCUUGAUUUCACCAUCCUGAGGCUUGGCAGAAACGUUCAAGCUUUGUCUACGGAGGUGAUGAAGAAGACGGAAACAAAGAAGCAACAAUACACAAUAACUAAUGGGGUGAAGAAGGUGGGAGGGGCAAAUCUGGUGGUAUGCCACAAGCUCAAUUAUGUGUAUGCUGUGUUCUACUGUCACAAAAUAGAGAACACAGUGGCCUAUACGGUGUCGUUGGAGGGGGCUGACGGGAGUAGAGUGAAAGCUGUGAGUGUGUGUCACAGAGACACGUCACAGUGGUACCCAAAACAUUUGGCCUUCCAAAUGCUAAAAGUGAAACCAGGCAGUGUUCCAAUAUGCCACUUCCUUUAUGAGGACACCGUUGCGUGGGUUCCCAAACAAAACUAG